AUGUUGGUGUGGUGCAAGUGGCAGCGGUAUCUGUACUGGCCAGCAGUGGUGAAAGCAGUGAAGAGGAAGCACUGGAGGGCCUGUGUGCUCUUCAUAGAUGGCACCACAAAUGAGAAGAAAAAAGGUUUCUCAGUGUUUCUGAAGAGCCUGAAGCACUUUGACUGUGAGGAGCUCAUUGAACAAGCCAAGGAGAACUAUUCCAGGGAAAUCAAGUGGUGCCUCCAGCUGGAGCUUCCUGGCUAUUGGAUCCAAGUGGGCUGUCAUUCUUUACCAGGUCCUUCCCUGGAGUAUUUUGCUGCUGAUAUCAGCUACCCAGUGAGGAAAGAGGGAUACCACAGUGUGGUGCAGAUGGCAUUCCCAAACACAGGGGAGGAAGGGGCUGGACAGUCUUCCUCAGACACCUCCCCCCAGAAACCUCUGAGGAAGCUCCUCCCUGACAGGACCAGAGCUGCCAGGGACAGGGAGAAAGAGAAGCUAGUGGACUUCAUAGUGAAGACCAAAGGGGCUGAAGAGCAUCUCCUGGCGAUCUUGAAAACUGGGAAACAAUCCUGCGGGCUGAAGGAAUUCCUGAAUUCCAAGCGGUACAUGACCUAUGUGGAGACUUAUUUGGAGGAUGAGGAGCAGCUGGACCUGGUCCAGUAGCUGGUUAGGUAGCUGAAGAAGAUGGACACCAAGAACCUGCACCAGAUCCUGGGGGAUGGCAUCAGAUUCAUUUCAGAUGUGCUUUUACCUGAUGCCAUCAUCUGUGUCAUUGCUGCUGUGGGUAACAUCGAUUAUGAGAAGGCAGAAAAGAAGUACAUUAAAGGACCACUGGUGAGGAAAAGAGAGAGAGUUGUUUGA